AUGCAUCUUUCUCAUUCUAUUCCCAUUGUUCUCUUCUCUGCAUUGGUGCAUGCAAGAACCGACCUUACAGGCUGCACAAGAACCGACGUCUCAUCACCUGCUGGCGCCUCUUACGCCUGGAUCGUCCCCGAGACUGGAGAACUAUGCGACCCUCUGGAUUGCGGAGGUGGCAGAGCCCCUCCUAAGACCACCGUACCUGGGUGUGCUCUGUAUGUCGGUACAGAGACCUACAAGCCUAGUUUUCUUGCUGGGUUCAGCGCUUCCAUGACGGCUGGUGGAAUGGGAAGUGUUGAGGCGAGUGCUUUGACUACUGCUGCGCCUACAUUGACUGCUUCUGCUUCUGCCGCUGCUGCUGCUACUGCUACUGCUACUGCUGCUACGGAUGAUGAUGCUGAUGCUGAUGAUGGCGAUGCGGACGAUGAUGAGGAUAUUUACGAUCUGAGCGACAUGUAUCCCACAGGUUGGAACGACAUGACACCCCAGCAAAAGAGCAGUUGGGUAUCGUCUUACUGGACAGUAGAUCCUACUGAACCCAUCACAGCUAUGGCAAGUGCCACUUCGACUGGAGCCAGCACUUCAGCUCAACAAUUUACGACAACUUCAAGCGUGAUAAGUGCUUCGAGCGCAGCAUCUUCACCUUCAAACUCGACUAUUUUGAGUGCCACUCCAGCGACAUCAAUCACGACAAGCACAAGAGACCUACCUACCUUGGCUCCAGCUUCCACUACAUCAACAAUGACAACCACAAGUUUGAGCAUGAGCAGAUCGUGGGUCAAGACCAUUCCGACUUUUGCGAAGGGCGCUGCUGAUGUCGAGAUCGAUAGGGCGAGUGUGUCUUCAUCUGGUUCUGCAGCCAAGUCAUCUGCCUCUGCAUCUCUGGUGGAUUCUACUGGUGCAGCUGAGAAGGUUGGAUGUGCUAUUGGUGCUGCUGGGGUUGUUGCUGCUGUGGCUGGAGCUUUGGCUGUCUUGUAA